AUGUCAGCGAUCGAGGUCGAGGUCGCCGGGAGCAGCGAGGCCAAGAAGCGUGUCCUGGAGCGAAAUGCAAUUAAUGCCACCGUCUCUGCCGAUUCUCCGUCUGAGUCCACGACUUCAACCAGCCCUGAGGAGGACGAGGUUGACGAAUUUUACGACCACGAGACUAUGCGCGAGGUUGGGACGCUUGACCGAGAUCUUGACGCCAUCCGGAAAGAGUUGGCGCGUGGAGAGGAUUUUGAAGUUGAGGAGGUGGACGAUGAGGAGACUGUCGUCAGUGGCCUGGAGCCUAUUAUUGAGGAAGCUGGAGAGGGUCUGAUGAAGGACACCGAUGUGUCCGCUGUAGCCAAGCACGGCAGAGAGGAGUCGUCAGAUGAUAACAACUCACCCAAGAGGCAGAAGCGAUAG